AUGGUCUCUACAUACGCAGAAGAUUGGGGAAACUAUGAGGGGGAAGACAUCGGAACAUACAGCAUCGAACCUCUGGUGAAGAAGUUGAGAGAAUGUGAUUAUGGUGGAAUUGAAGGGCAGCAGGAACUCAAAGCGACCGUACACCUGGUCUCUGAGUAUACCACUGAUGAUGAGCUGGUAUGGGUAUACGGAGGGUCUGCCGACGAAAUGAAGGCAAAGGCGAGAAAGUUCUUCGAAGAUCUGGGUCUAGAGGUCGAGGUGACUUGGAAGAAGAUGUGGUCUCACGAAGUGAGUAACUGCAAACACUGUCGUGCCCCUUUGCAGGAGGCACAAUGA